CCUUCCCGGCUGCCGUCGCCGGUCCGGGCUGCACCAGUGAACGACAGCAGUCCGUCCACUUCGCCGUUAUAAUCAGCCAGCUAUCUUCUUAGCAAGUCACAAAGAUGGCGAACGUGGUGCUGGAGUUUAAGGUUUCUGCCGGUGACUCCGAGCCACAGAGUCGUCCUGUCCUGAUUGUCGGGCAGCAGGCCAACCUGCAGCAAGUCAGCUGGAGCCAAAUCAAAGGAAAACUGCAGCCAGUCGUUAGCAAAGAGAUCUGGCAGGCGGCUCUCAGCGCUUUGAACCCAAACCCCACAGACAGCUGCCCUCUGUACCUCAACCAUGCUGCGGUGGCCGCCCUUCCCUCACGGGUCAGCAGACACAACAGCCCAUCCUCCGCCCACUUCUUGUCCCGUUUGGUCCGUUCCUGUCUGCCUGGAGGGAAUAACCGCUGCAUUGUGAUGGUGUGUGAGCGUUCGGAUGUGUUUGCGUCCUCCUGUGCCAUCGCUAGGGCUUUCCCCAUCUUCUCUCGCCGCUCCACAUCCUCACGCAGGGCUGAGAAGAAGCAUGUCACUGUGGAGUUUGUGAUCGUCGGGCAAGACAGCAGUUCUCUGGAUGUUGCAGAACUCGAGUGUCUCUCCAAUGCUGCUGAUGGAGUGCGGCUGACUGCUCGCAUUGUGGACACGCCAUGCAACGAGAUGAAUACAGAUCACUUCUUGGACGAGAUCAAGGCUGUGGGAACUGAACUUGGAAUUACUCCAGUGAUCAUUCGUGGAGAGGAAUUGAAACAAAGGGGAUUUGGAGGUAUCUAUGGAGUUGGAAAGGCAGCAGAGCAUCCUCCUGCAUUAGCAGUCUUGAGCCACACACCAGAUGGUGCGACCCAAACUAUUGCAUGGGUGGGCAAGGGCAUCGUGUAUGACACUGGUGGACUCAGUAUCAAGGGAAAGACCACAAUGCCAGGGAUGAAGAGAGACUGUGGUGGAGCUGCUGCUAUUUUAGGAGCUUUCAGAGCUACUAUUAAACAGGGCUUUAAGGACAACCUCCAUGCUGUGUUUUGCCUCGCAGAAAACUCAGUUGGACCCACAGCCACACGACCCGAUGACAUCCACACUCUCUACUCUGGAAAGACAGUGGAGAUCAACAACACUGAUGCAGAGGGAAGGCUGGUGCUGGCUGAUGGAGUUGUGUAUGCCAGCAAGGACCUCUCAGCUGAUAUUAUUCUGGAUAUGGCUACCCUGACUGGGGCACAGGGGAUUUCCACAGGGAAAUACCAUGCAGCUGUGAUGACUAACAGUGAGCAGUGGGAGGUAGCAUGUGUGCGUGCAGGCCGCAGCAGCGGAGAUCUCGCCCACCCUCUGGUUUACUGCCCUGAGCUGCACUUCAGUGAGUUCACCUCUGCCAUGGCUGACAUGAAGAACUCUGUGGCAGAUCGGGAGAAUGCCCAGAGCUCCUGUGCCGGCCUCUUUAUUGGCUCCCACUUGGGCUUUGACUGGCCUGGUGUCUGGGUCCAUAUUGAUAUCGCCUCUCCUGUUCAUGCUGGAGAGCGUGCCACAGGAUUUGGCGUGGCUCUCCUCAUGGCCCUGUUCGGUCAGGCCUCGGAUGACUCCAUGCUGAACCAAGUGUCUCCUCUGGGCGCGGCCACCAACGUGUCCGAAGACCAGAUGGAGCGUGACUGCAAGAGAAGAAGACUGGUGUAGAACACACAGAACAGUUAACUCCCUGACUCUCGACUGCUCUCCCGCCACCACACACCCUGUUGAGACAAGCGCUCGUCCAGUUAGAGCUAAAACGUUUUAAACUGUGAUCGAACUUUCUGUGUUUUGAUGUAAUUUGACUUUGCUGAAUAAAACAGAUAAUCAUGAGUAAAUCAGAUGUGUUAUGACAUGACAGUGAUAAAAGACAGGCCAUGACUUGGCACUUGCUGUACUGAUCACCUCCGUAGCUUCUCCAUUUUUCAGUUGCACUUGAUAAAGAUGCUUUGAUUAUUGUAAAAUCUGAAAAAGCAGGUGGUUUAUAUUCAUGACAGAUUAAUUCAGGUUUAAAUAACUGGUCAAUCUUUAUUUUUUUUCGCAGUGAUUCUUUGUUAUUCCUAUUUUACAGUUAAGGGUUUUACCUCUUUAAACAUUAACUUUGUUUUCAAAUAUCCACUUCAUCAGAGGGCAUUUUUUGUGUGUUGAUACAUUAUGCAAAUCAAGGAUUAUGCCAUACAUGUUGUGUUGGAUGUGAAAAAUACUGGAUCAGGAUCAGUAAAGCUAAAUAUUUCUUUUCUUUCUUUCUUUCUUUGGUAACCACUGCACUUUGCAUUCACCCUGUGAAUAGGUGGACUGUGUGAUCUCUGGACCAAACAGAGGAUUUGAGUGCUUACUGCAGUUUUUAACAGUUUAACAAUUGUGUCAGAUUAGUAAUGACAAACAUUACCACAUGUGCUUUGUCAGCACAAAACACACAUAUAAAAUGUAAACUGUAAGUAUUUGACAGACUCCAGCACAAGUGUGAUGUUUUUUUUUCCACCCUUGUGACAGUCAGUGUUGUCCUUCAAUAAAGGCAGUGCCAUCUGA